ACAGCAACAUCCGGGAUCGUCUUGUGACAGUCUGCUGUCCGGUCUUGGUCACGAUAGUCGGUGACGUCUACUUUACUUGUCUGACAAUAAGAAGUGAACGAAUGAUAUUCUAACUCAGUAUAGCGAUGACGACGAACCCACCUAAGUUAAAAACCACCGUUGCUGCGAAUGAAAGGGUGCAGAAAUUGAAAAAUGCACAUGAGCAAAAAUAUGGAAAAUCUCCUCUCUUCUAUGCAUAUGCCCCCGGAAGGGUAAAUCUAAUAGGAGAACAUAUUGACUACUGUGGCUAUUCUGUACUUCCAAUGGCCAUCGAACAGAAUAUCCUUGCGACUGUCUCAGUCAAUGAUGCAGGAACAAUCCAGCUGGCCAACACAAAUCCUCAUUACAAGGAUUUCACUGUGUCUUGCGCUGACAUCAAAAUCGACAGAGACGAUCCACAGUGGUAUUAUUAUUUUCUCUGUGGGGUCAAAGGUAUCCAGGAGAACUUUGGGAUCUCUCAUUUGGCUGGGAUGCAAUGUGUUCUAGAUGGUACCAUUCCCCCAAGCUCUGGCCUUUCUAGUUCUAGUGCCUUAGUUUGUUGUGCUGGGCUUUUAACCAUGGAGGCAAACAACAAGUCCCUCUCUAAGGUGGCGAUAGCUGAGAUUUGUGCCAAAUGUGAGCAUUACAUUGGGACUGAGGGAGGGGGCAUGGACCAGUCAAUAUCAUUUAUGGCAGAAGAAGGAACAGCAAAGCUAAUCGAGUUCAACCCUCUGCGAGCAAUUGAUGUCAAGCUUCCUGAUGGGGCAGUGUUUGUGAUCUCAAACUGCUGCGUGGAGAUGAACAAAGCUGCCUCGUCUCACUUCAACAUCCGUGUGGUGGAAUGUCGAAUAGCCACAAAGAUGCUAGCCAAGGCCCGGAAUCUGGAGUGGAGCAGGUUGUUUAAGCUGGCCCAGGUUCAGGCAGAGCUGAAAGUCUCACUGGGAGAGAUGCUGAGUUUAGUGGAUGAGGUGCUCCAUACCGAGCCAUACAGUCGAGAGGAGAUCUGCAAAACCCUGGGCAUAACCCCUGAGGAACUUUGCACAGACCUGCUCAGCGCCAACACCCAGCAUGUCACCCACUUCAAGCUGCACCAGCGUGCCAGGCAUGUCUACGGUGAGGCUGAGCGAGUCCUGCAGUUUGAGAGCGUGUGUGAUUCUGAACCAGCUGAGUCCAUUCAGCUUUUAGGGGACCUGAUGAAUCAGAGCCAUGCCAGUUGUAGAAACCUGUAUGAAUGCAGUUGCCCUGAACUUGACCAGCUGGUGGAUAUUUGUCUGAAGUCAGGAGCUGUGGGCUCCCGGCUGACAGGUGCAGGAUGGGGAGGCUGUGCUGUCUCUAUGGUUCCCACUGAGAAGAUGGACUCUUUCUUACAAGCAGUGAGGAAGGCAUUCUACGCUCCUGAUCCACGGAAAACCACCAUGGAAAAACAAAGUCUCUUCAUGUCAAAGCCAGGUGGAGGAGCGGCCAUUUUAAUUGAGGAAUGAACCAUGUUCUCAUGCUUGAUGUCUUUUGAUACAAUCAAUAAAUUUCAAAUUUUUUGAGGCGUUUACACUAUGGAUUAUUCUGAAAUAAGAGG